CAGUUAUCAACGUUGAUUCUACGUGAAAAAAGUCCCUUCAUAAUGUCAAUUAAAACAAUUUUUUCCACCAAAUGAAGCAACUUGAGAAUGACAUGUACCCCACGUACAAUAAUUACACACACACAUGGGUGAUGAUCCGAGACAAUUCAUCAAAAAAGAGUAGUUUGUGGCUAAAACCAUGUAACACACGCACAUAACAGCAACAAAAGAAACUAACAUUUUUCUAAUUAUAGCUACUCUCUCUAUGUUAUAUAAAUGAAAUUAAGUAUCUUACUCAUGAAGAAAACCAUUAGCGUGAAAAACAUACAUUAAAGUUUGUGCUAACCUUAAUUGUCUACUCUUGACUCGCACUAAUCAAAACUUUGCAUGUGUUCAUUGAAGUAAAAUUUUAAGGUGAUCGAAAAAAAAAAAGAUAUGGGUGCAGGUGACGAAGGAGGACAACCUCAAGAGAAUAGUAAUGUUGACCCCAAACAAAAGGCUAUUGAUGAUUGGCUUCCCGUGACUGCGUCAAGAGAGGCCAAAUGGUGGUAUUCUGCUUUCCACAAUCUAACCGCCAUGGUUGGCGCUGGUGUUCUCACCCUUCCAUAUGCCCUAUCCAAUAUGGGCUGGGGACCAGGAAUGACCAUUCUUGUUCUAUCAUGGGUGAUUACAUUGUAUACGCUAUGGCAAAUGGUUGAGAUGCAUGAAAUGAUUCCUGGAAAGAGAUUUGAUAGGUAUCAUGAAUUGGGACAAGAAGCCUUUGGAGAGAAAUUGGGCCUUUGGAUUGUGGUUCCACAGCAAAUUCUUGUUGAAGCUGGCACAUGUAUUGUGUACAUGGUCACUGGUGGUAAAUCACUGAAGAAAGCUCAUGACACUAUUUGUCCUGAUUGCAAAGAUAUCAGAACCUCAUAUUGGAUUAUUAUUUUUGCAUCAAUCAACUUUGUUCUUGCACAAUGCCCCAACUUCAACUCCCUUUCUAUUAUAUCUCUGAGCGCAGCCGCUAUGUCUUUGACAUACUCAACAAUAGCAUGGGCUGCUUCACUUAAAAAAGGGGUUGCCCCAAAUGUUGAUUAUGGACCAAGAUCAAAUUCAACUGCCGAUACUGUAUUCCACUUCCUUUCUGCUUUGGGAGAUGUAGCAUUUGCUUAUGCAGGUCACAAUGUGGUUUUAGAAAUUCAAGCAACUAUGCCCUCAACCCAUGAAGUACCUUCCAAGAAACCCAUGUGGAAAGGAGUUAUUCUCGCAUACAUAGGAGUUGCAUACUGCUACUUCCCAGUUGCAAUCAUUGGAUAUUAUAUGUUUGGUAACUCUGUUGACGAUAACAUCCUCAUCACACUAGAAAAACCUGCUUGGCUCAUUGCUGCUGCUAACUUGUUCGUUGUUGUCCAUGUUAUUGGAGGCUAUCAGGUAUUUGCAAUGCCGGUGUUUGACAUGAUUGAAACUCUCAUGGUUAAGAAAUUGCAUUUUCCACCUUCUUUUGCACUCCGAUUUUCAGUUCGCACUAUAUAUGUUGCAUUGACCAUGUUCAUUGGCAUAUGCAUCCCUUUCUUCGGUUCACUUCUUGGAUUUCUAGGAGGAUUUGCAUUUGCCCCAACAACUUACUUUUUGCCUUGUAUCAUCUGGCUUAAACUCAAGAAACCCAAGAAAUAUGGCUUGUCUUGGACAAUCAAUGUGAUAUGCAUUAUUAUUGGAGUCUUAUUAAUGACACUAUCCCCAAUUGGUGCUUUGAGGAAUAUCAUUGUACAAGCCAAGCACUACGAGUUCUUCUCAUAAACUAGAAGAACAAAACAUCAAUUUUUCUGGCUUAUUUAAAUUUGAUGGAGAAAACUAAGUACAACUAGAUAUGCAUUCACAACAUAUGGUUGUAUAGUUCAAAGUUAUCGCACAUAUAGAGUGUUACAGUGAUGCGAUAGCAAUUCACACGGUUUUAAAAUAAUUUCAUGCCCCACGAGUUUUAUGCGUUGUGGGUGUGAUGGUUGACAUUGUUCUGAUAUUUAUACUUGAAUAAGA